AUGUUAGUGAUGAUGGUGCUUUCAUUACUAAAUGGAUGGUAUUGUUUAGGGUGUUGGGAGGAAGAGAGGGUUGCUCUUUUGCACCUUAAAGCAAAUGUGGACUCUCUCGAUGGAAGAUCGCUGGCUUCGUGGGUGGUUAAUGAGAUUAAAACUGACUGUUCUCAAUGGCAAAGGGUUGAAUGCAGCAACACAACUAAACGAGUAAUCAAACUUACUCUUGAUGACGCUAGGGAUUGGAAAUUAGGAGAUUGGUAUUUUAAUGCCUCUCUAUUUCUUCCCUUUCAAGAGCUCAGAAAUCUCUCUUUGCAAUCGAAUCAGUUAGUACAUUGGUUUGAGAAUGAAGGUAUGAUGUCAUCUCCCCUUGAUUAG